CUGGAUUCGGGAUUUCUUCGAGCUGCUUGCAUCAGAUUCAUAAAAUAUUACAAGUUUGAGUGAAGAAAUGCACCAGACAUGUGUAACAGUAGGAUUCCUUUUUCCGCAGAUGGUCACAAGUUCGAAUCCGAGCCAACCCAGCCAAUCAGUUAAAACCGUAGGAACAUGAAGAGCGACGUUCAACCGAUUCCUCCCAGGGUUAGUCACUGUUCUGUGCGUGGGGCCUCAUGAAACAGUUCCACCGUCCGUCCUUUGCUUACAGAGAGCCGUAUGUAUUGGCACCUUUGGGCUCCACUAACAAAAGCACUCGGCGUCUGCGCUCGUCGGCACGCGGCAGGGCUGGAACAGGAUUCGAACUCUUGACCUCUAUAUCUUUAUCUAUGGUUCCGUGACUUGAACGACUGCGGAACUAAAUUUCAGAUAUGCUGUAUUCUUGACUACAAAUGAAGCAUCGAGCGCGGUUCAUGGAGAUAUUUUGAAGAAUUCAAGUGCUGUGAGGGCGGGAUGAGCGUACAGAGUUCAGAGCAAAGCUUUCCAGAUGCUUCGUUUCAAUCCAACCCUUGUUGCAGUGACUCUGGCGAGGAUUCUCCCGAAGGACAGGAGAGCAAGUCGACUUCUCUCGUCAAAUCCUCCUCUACACGCCAAUGUCUCGGGUUCGAAUCCGAGGCAGGGGUUUCUUCUUCCUCAGAUUACGAUCUGCUCUACGAAGCAAUCGAGGGCUUGCAGACCAUGGAAUGCAGUAAGUCGAAUAAAAAGGGGUUUAAAAUGAAGCGGAAAAUGUGCCGAUCGGACUGCAAAAAAAACGCCACUGAAAAGCGCAGAGAAAAUGUCAGCGGAAGACGCCAGGCGUGUAACUGUGUAGCGAGCUUUGCCGCAGACUGCACGGCCGUCUGCUGCUGCCCUUGCGCGAUUCUGCAUAUCUUCAUCCUCGCCUUUGUCAAAGCCCCUUCUGUUUUUGCCAGAAAAGCUUUGCGCUUUGUGAAGAAAAAGGCUCGCAGUAAAAGAAAACUUGACCAGAAGAAGGCGGCGAUUGAUGAUGACAGUGAGGACGAUAAUAGGGAAAAGUCUCGGUAUUACACUCCUCCCUGGUCUUGCAGGGAGUCUCCAGAGAGGCGCAGCGCUUUGGACGGAUCGCUCAGUCCCAAAUUGGAUAACCAGAAGAUCUGGUCAGAGUUUUAUGCGGCCGGUCGCAUGGGAUUCGGGGGUUUCCCAUUUGAAUGGAACAAGGAACCCUAAUAGUCAACCUGAGAAAUUAAUUCAAUGUUGCUUCUGUAGGUGCCUUCCGUCCGGUUUCUCUUACUCUGUAUUUCAUUACAAGAGCCUGUAUUCCAUUGCAAACCCGCACAUAUAAAUGAAUUUUAGGAGAUUUACUGUUUA